GUUCAACACACGAAUCACAAUAGUGAUGGCGUCGAUGGCGCGAGCUCCAUGGCGCUUGGCGCCGCUGACGCGCAUCAGUGAGCGCCAGGCGCUGCUCAAGACGGUACCAAUGCGCAGCUGCAACACGCUGUUUGUGCCGCCUCCACAGUUGCCGUUCACAGGCUUCGAAGUGUUGUUUUUGGGCACUGGAGCAGGCUCUCCUUCAGUUCGACGCAACCCAACUGGAGUAUGUCUACGUCUAGCGCGUAGUAACUGGAUGUUCGACUGUGCUGAGGGCAGUCUACGUCAACUCAUUAAGAGUGUCGUGCGCGUCCCACUGACCACGAAGUUUUUUGUAUCGCAUUUGCAUGGAGAUCACGUGUAUGGACUUCCCGGGAUUCUGUGCACACUGGACAACCACAACGCCGAGUACAAGGACCCACAGACGAAGGAGAAAGCACCGAGGCCAAUUGAUGUUUAUGGGCCAUUGGGAUUAUUUUCGUAUUUGAACACGGCGUUCUCUACGAGUAGCACGUGGCUCGCGAACUUGAAGAUAACCGUCCACGAGCUGGUAUCUCCCGAGAUGCUGAACAAGACGUCGAAGCAUGAGAAAUUCAUGCGCAACGCACCGAAGCAUCCUAGUUUAAAGCGAAAAUGGGUGCAUGUGGAGUCGGAUGGAAACGGGGAUGUAUGGAACGUCCUGGAUGACGGAAAGGUUAUCGUGAAGGCAGCGACGUUGAAGCACACAGUCACGAGUUUCGGGUAUGGAUCUUUUUUUAAGGUUGCUUACUUUUUCUCACAACUAGCUUUUUGGGAUAGUUACGUCGUGGAGGAAUAUCCCGUUCCGGGGAAACUGGACUUAAAUGCACUGCGCAAGCGAGGGCUGCCGCCUGGACCGAAGUAUGGCACGCUCAAGCUCGGAGGGAGUGUUGAGCUGCCUAGUGGCGAAAUUAUUCACGCAUCUGAGGUAACCGGACCAAAGGCUCGUGGGCGUAAGGUGGCCAUCCUGGGUGAUUCCGCAGACUCCUCACGGAUGUUUGACAUUGCACAGAACUGCGACGUGUUGGUUCAUGAAGCAACGCUAAGUCAUGACAUGGUGAAACAGGCAGUACAUCGUGGGCACUCUACAGCUCGCAUGGCUGGGUACGCUGCAAAGAAGAUGAACGCGACUUUGCUUGCGUUGACUCACUUUAGCCAUCGCUUUCGACACUGGUCGGCUGAUGCCAAGUCACGCUCAACACUCCAUCUGGCGUUGGAGGCCCAGGGAUCAUUCGGGCGACGAGCUGUUGUUCCGGCAUCAGACUUCCUACGCAUUCCAAUUCCCCGCCUACCCCACGAAUAGAGUAGAUUAUUAGAUAGAAGACCACAUAGACAUCGCCGACAGGACCCGUAAUUCACCUGGAGUUUGACCACUCGGAAUUUCGUAGGGCAUGUACUCUCUGAUCUAACACUC